CAAAUGUCUGUAUCUCAGCAUCCUUUGCUCAGGUUUGGAACAUGGUCUGUUGUUGUUUUGGCAUCAAUUUUAUCAUCGGCAGCAGCCGAGGCAGUAAACCCGAUGUCCAGCUGCCAACGGAGCUGUGGGAAUUUCACAAUCGAUUACCCUUUCGGUAUCGGAGAAGGAUGUUUCAUGCACGGCUUCGAAAUAACCUGCAAUGCUUCUUACAGUCUACCAAAACCAUUCCUACACUUGGGAGCUACCCAACAUGAGGUUGCCGAUAUAUCUGUAGCACACAAUCAGGUUCGUGUUAGGAGCCCUGUGGUCCGUACCAAAGGGUUCCUCCAAAACGGAACCGCGGUUGCGAGUGCAACCGGCAUCAAUUUGAUCGAUACACCAUUCGUUUUCAACACCACUGCAAACAAGUUCAUCGUCACGGGCUGUAACUCCAUUGGUUUAUUAUCCUUUGGAGAUGGAACUAUCACGACUGGUUGCUUGUCUCUGUGCAGCGAUAACCUCGAGGGUGUAACCGACGGGUCUUGCUCUGGGCGUGGCUGCUGUCAGACCUCCAUAUUCGAGCGUGUUAAAGCAAUUGGCAUAGUGGUUGUGAACCUUGUUAACGAUUCAAUGAUGAGCGAUUUGUAUAACGAAUCACUUAUAUCCACGCGGACCGCGCCUCAUGAUAAUUGCGGAUACGGUUUUGUUGCGGACCAAGAGAGCUACAUGUUCGAGGCAUCAGAUCUCGAUCGUUGUUCCUCAUCGAAGAUAGAGAAUUCCUCCUUUGUUCUUGAUUGGGUUAUAGGCAAUGAGACUUGUGAAGCAGCUGAAAAACUUAGGGAUACUUAUGCCUGCAAAGGGAUGAACAGCGAGUGUGUUGCAUAUGAACCAGAUGGUGGUCCAAGUUAUCGUUGCAGUUGCAAACAUGGCUAUGAAGGGAACCCUUAUCUCAGCUCAGGAUGCCAAGACAUUAACGAGUGUAUGGCUCCGCAUAACCCAUGUGAAGGAGAAGGUACUUGCAUUAAUUUUCCUGGUGGCUAUAAUUGCAAGGUUUCAAAGUUUCCGACAUUGCAGCUUGUUCUCGGUAUAGGUUGUCCCUUGUUCUUGCUUCUCCUAGCCCCUUCUUUAUACAUUUGCAUAAAGAGAAGAAAGUUGAUCAAACUCAAACAAAAAUUCUUCCAGCAAAAUGGAGGUUUAUUGUUGCAGCAGCAAAUUGCUUCUCAUGAAGGUUUUGGAGAGCCCACAAAGAUUUUUACUACUCAAGAGUUAGCUAAGGCCACUGACAACUACGCAGAGAGUCGAGUUAUUGGUCAAGGAGGCAAUGGAACAGUUUACAGAGGAAUCCUAUGCGACGGUAGAGUGAUCGCCGUAAAGAAGUCAAAAAUGGUCGACAAGAACCAUAUCAAAGAGUUCAUCAAUGAGGUCGUUGUUCUCUCUCAGAUCAAUCAUCGAAACGUCGUGAAGCUCCUGGGAUGUUGCUUGGAAACUGAGGUUCCCCUAUUGGUUUAUGAACAUGUUCCCAAUGGGAGCCUCCACUACCAUCUUCACAAUCCGAACAAGGCGAGGUCAAUCACAUGGGAAGAUCGGUUACGGAUUGCCACCGAAACCGCGAAUGCUCUUGCUUAUCUCCACUCUGCAGCUGUAAUUCCCAUCAUUCACAGAGAUGUCAAGUCCUCCAACAUAUUAUUGGACGACAAGUACACCACGAAAGUCUCGGAUUUCGGAGCUUCGAGGCUAAUUCCCGCUGAUCAGAACCAAAUAAAGACUCUGGUUAAAGGAACGUUCGGGUACUUGGAUCCAGAAUACUUCCAAACAAGCCGACUGACAGAAAAAAGCGAUGUUUACAGCUUCGGAGUGGUGCUAGUGGAACUACUAACAGGACAGUUGCCGCUCUCAUUUGCAAGGCCUGAAGCCCAAAGGAACUUAUCUGCUUACUUCAUUUUAGCAAUGCAACAGGAUCAUCUCUCCCAAAUUCUCGAGCCCGGACUCGCAAAUGAAGGGAACCAAGAACAACUUGAAGCUUUCGCGGAUCUUGCGAUGAGAUGUCUUCGAUUGAAGGGCAAGAAACGACCUACGAUGAAAGAAGUGGUGUUAGAGCUUGCAGGGUCAAGAGGGAUUUACAAACAUCCUUGGGAUCAACUUAUCCAUGAGGAGACUCGCUCCUUGCUCAAUGAACAAUUGGAAUUACACAUAGCUGAGAGUAACAUUCAGAAUUCACAGAUGUUUUCAACGGACUUCCCUCGAUGAUCAUUCUUAUAGCAGA